CGAGUCAGACAGAAGCACCAGAGGAGCUGAGGGCCAGCCGGGGAGGGGCCCUUUGUCAGGGAGGAAUAUUCUCACCGUCCACCGCCGGCUCUGGAAUAAACGCGCUUUUCUCCGCCGUGUGCAGCUCGGACCGGGACCGCCAGUGUGAACCGGGACGACAGAAGGGGUGGAUGUUUUUUCUACAGCUCCUUGCACUGUUUUUUUCUCCCCCCACCUACCCCAUCACCCCACCCCUCAGCCGCACUGAUAUAGUUGCACUGACCAGUUAUCUUUGACCGGGUCCGGUGCCCGUCCCCGCCACCCCUGUCCUGUCUUUGCCCCCCCUCCCAGCAGUCCGUCUUCACCUCCUUUCCUUCCUCUCGCCUUGUGUCCCGCUGUCUCCGCCGCACCGUCGCGAGGAUGCCCAGCUCGCUGUUCGCGGACAGCAGCGUCCCGGCAGACGCUCUGGACGAGCAGAGAGCCCUGCAGAUCGCCCUGGACCAGCUCUCCCUGCUCGGCUUGGACAAUGACGAGAACCCCCUGUACGACAACCAGGAGCCCCGGAAAAAGAGCGUCAACAUGACCGAAUGCGUCCCGGUUCCCAGCUCGGAGCACGUGGCUGAGAUUGUGGGCAGACAGGGUUGCAAGAUCAAAGCGCUGCGAGCCAAGACCAACACCUACAUCAAGACCCCGGUGCGAGGCGAGGAGCCUGUGUUUGUGGUGACGGGCAGGAGGGAGGACGUGGCGAUGGCGAGGAGAGAGAUCAUCUCUGCUGCUGAGCACUUCUCUAUGAUCCGAGCCUCUAGGAACAAAAACACUAGUCUGAAUGGCAGCGGCACCCCGGUCCCCGGACCGCCUAACCUGCCUGGACAGACCACCAUCCAGGUGCGGGUGCCUUACCGUGUGGUGGGGCUGGUUGUUGGCCCAAAGGGUGCUACCAUCAAGCGCAUCCAGCAGCAGACCCACACCUACAUCGUGACACCUAGCCGGGACAAAGAGCCCGUGUUUGAGGUGACAGGGAUGCCAGAGAAUGUGGACAGAGCCCGUGAAGAGAUCGAAGCCCACAUCGCCAUGCGGACGGGAGGCCUUAUUGAGCUUCAGGAUGAAAAUGACUUCCAUGCCAAUGGGACUGAUGUUGGUUUUGACCUGCAUGGGCACGCCACCCUUUGGUCCAAGCCCAACGCCGGGAUGACCCCCACCUCAGUGCGGAAACCCUUCUCCAACUACCGCAACAACUCCUCCUCCUCCUUGGGCAGCGCCUCCACAGAUUCCUACUUUGGUAAUAACGGCUCCUGCAUGGCAGACUACAGCCCCCCCAGCCCCACACUCAGCUACGCUACCAACAACAACGGCAACAACAAUAACAACAACAUCAACAUCAACACCAACGGCAACGGCUUUGUUUAUGGAAGUGAGUUGAUCUCGCCUGACUGCACUGAUCUGACUUUUGACUCAUCGUCAGGGUUUGACCCCACGCCAACCCCCCCGGGCCUCCUUUGGUCCCAGUACGAUAGUCGCAUGACCCCCUCCUCCACUGGAGGCAGCUCCCCCACCUCCACCUCAGCCAUAUUCCCCACCAACACCUCCACUAACGCUAACGGGAUGGUGGUGAGUCAGAGAAGGGUUAACGGUUGUAACGCACAGCCCAGACUGUCGCCCCCCCUCCACAGCCACACCGGAGGCUCCAGUGAGCACCCGUUAGCCCGCAGGGUGCGCAGUGACCCAGGAGGAGGCGCGCUCAGUUUCCCCGGGUAUUCCAGCUCCAUCGCCUCUCUGCAGGGCGCUCACCUCCCGGGAGUUUCAUGCGACUCCUCCGCCUCGUCAUCAUCAUCCUCUUCCUCCUCCUCCACCUCCUCGGGCACCAGCCGAAAAGGCAGCCGUGACUGCUCGGUGUGCUUUGAGAGUGAGGUCAUCGCGGCCCUGGUCCCCUGUGGGCACAACCUCUUCUGUAUGGAAUGUGCCAAUCGAAUUUGUGAGAGGAGCGAACCCAAAUGUCCUGUCUGCCACACUGGCGUCACUCAGGCUAUACGUAUAUUUUCAUAACAAGUGGAACUCUCUGACUACCAUAGCAACAAACAGACUCCUCAUACUGCUUUAAUGGGAUCAGCCAAUCACCUGUUUGGAAAGUGUACAUAGAUAUAUACAUAUGUAUGGAAGAGGCUGCAGUAUCCAGAAGAAGGGACAGACACCCACUUUGGGCUCCGUCAUAGUUUUUAAUAAAUACUGUAGCUUGGGGAAUAUUUUCAGCAUCUAAGUGCAUGUUUCAAUAUUACAGCAUAGUAAUCAAUAGUUCUAGUAAAUUGUACCCUAUAUUUAUGAAGUGAAGAGGCACAGUGGUACAGCACGGAGGUACGUGGGUCAGACUGUAGACUGUUAGCUGGCUCAGCCCUCCAGUUUUGCCGAUCGAAUGUAGUGAGAGGGGAGGCCAUGGCUGGGAAACACGGAGGGCUUCAGCCAAACAGACUGAUCCAGAUACUGCAGCUCAAGGUCAGGAGCCACAGGAGGGACAGCAACAACAUAUCCUACAUAUAUAUGUAUAGAAUCAAUUUCCACAAGUUGAGAGUUUUAAAUGACAUUAAUACAGAUUGAAGUAUUUUAUUCGUUUUUGACUUGAAAUAUUAUAUUUCUUAUUGCAAAGAUGUUUACAGAUAUUUUAAUUUAAGUUCAGUGAACUUUUUGUAGCUGGGUUGAUAUUUUGUGUAUUUUUUAGUAUGGCCUUAUGGCAUUGAUCACUGUAUUAUUUUAAUAUCACGAAAGUCCACAAAAUGUGUAUUGCAUUUGACAGUAUUCUGUUGGGAUGGAGUUUUUAUAGGUUCAGCAAAAAAUGUCUUUUACAUCUGCUUCACCCAGCAUAUUUUUUAUUCAGUAAUAUAAAGCCUAUUUUAUUCUAUAUUAAUAUGAAACAUUGAAAUGUACAAAACUUAGUAAGUUGAACACAAAGAAAACAUUUAUGCUUUCUAAAAUUUGUAUGAAUUAGAUUCCAGUGGGAAUUACAGGCUUCUGUUGCACCACUAUAGUUUUAGUAUUUCUAUUUUAAUACAUUUGUUUACCACUUGUUUAUGUAUAUGUAGGUGAUGUUACUUGAGGGUAAAUCUACUUUAUUGAGCAAAGUUUAAGAACAAAGUAUAUUUUAUUUUAUGAUACAGGGCCUUUAUCCUCAUGGUCAAAUACUAAUAUUAUAUUUGCUGAGACAAGAUUUGAAAAUGUAUCAAGAGUUUUAUUUUUCUGACAUUUAAAGUUAUACAUGAUAAAAAGUAAAUCUUAAGUAAUGGUGCUACUUCAUGUUUUUUUUAAGUA